AUGUUUAUACUGUUUUAGCAUCUGUGAGCUCAAAGUAUGUAUAUAAACAUAACAUUUAUAAUGCUGUUGGUCAUCAAUGUCAGCAAAAAUUGCAAGGGUUAAACGAAAUUGAGAUGCUGCUAAGAAUUUUAGAAAAUGAUGAAACCAUUAUAGCAAGUAUGGCUACUAAACCUGCAUAUAACAAUGAGCAUGAUCAAGAUGGAUCAUUUAUCCAAGCAAUCUUCUGGGCUCAUCGAAAUGUAUUUUCUGAGUUUGUAGUAGCAAAAGAUAUGUUAAUUGUUGAUGCAAUGUAUAAAACCAACAG